UAAGGGUCACAGUUAGACUCUGCACUCUGGCCCGAACUCAGAAUGGAGGGAGACGGGGGCAAAGUUCAGCCUGACACAGAGAGAGACAGAGAGAGAGUGAGAGAGAGAGGGAGGAGGGGGAGAGCAAAGCGAGAAAAAUCACCUUCGAAAGCAAAACAACAGCCGGCAGAAGUGGAGACACGAGAGAAGACUAGGAAAAGUGGACGCAAGUCCUUACUGGAAGAUUUAAAACGGAUAAACAGAGCCUACGGAGACACACAGCUGGGUAAUGGAGGGAGGAGAUGAGCGAGGGAUGGAAGGACGAGUGUGCAGGCUUUCGGCUCUGCAGCAACAACUGCUCUGCUCUCUGCUGGGCUCCGGUGUGACCCGUGAAGUGCUGAUCCAGGCCGUCAGCGAGCUGGAAAGGGAACGGAACCGAGCCGGAACCGGGGUGGGAGGUGGCGCCGGAGCAGACCGCAUGGAAGCAGCGGAGCGGACGGACGGAGAGAGCUCCGAGGACGGAGACUCGGACUUCCCUCCACCCAUCUUCAGGGAGAUCGAGAAACUACCACCAGAGGAAGCAGCUAGGCAAAGGGCUGAGGUGGAGCAGCUGCUGCAAGAGGACCCAUGGCGUGUGGCGAAGAUGAUAAAGAGCUACAUGCAGCAGCACAAUCUUCCUCAGAGGGAGGUGGUGGAGGCGACGGGACUGAAUCAGUCUCACCUGUCACAGCACCUGAACAAAGGUACGCCCAUGAAGAACCAGAAACGGGCCGCGCUCUACAGCUGGUACGUCAAGAAGCAGGACGAGAUCAGCCAGCAGUUCACCAAUGCGAGUCGGGGAAUGGUUCUGGGGGAGGAGUCAAGUGAAGAGAACAGGAAGGGGCGGAGAAACCGGUUUAAAUGGGGCCCGGCGUCGCAGCAGAUCCUGUUCCAGGCCUACGAGCGUCAGAAAAACCCGAGCAAGGAGGAGAGAGAGGGACUGGUGGAGGAGUGUAACCGAGCGGAGUGUUUGCAGAGGGGCGUGUCUCCCUCACAGCUGGCCGGUUUGGGUUCGAACCUCGUGACAGAAGUUCGCGUUUAUAACUGGUUCGCUAAUCGCCGUAAAGAGGAAGCGUUUCGCCACAAACUAGCGCUCGACCCACCUUACAGCAGCCAAUCAGCAUCCGGGACAGAGCAGAGCAUCCCGCCCACUCCCACACAAGGUCUGAAGUUCACUUCCUCUGUAGUGUGCGAGGGCGUAGGGGCAGUGCGGGCAGUGGGGAAUGGAGACAGAGCCGAUGGAGGACACCUGGGGACGAGUCUCAUCCAGCUGGAGCCGAGUCACACGCUUCUGGAAGCACAUCAGCACAAACCGGUAUCAGGAGGAGGGUCUCUGCCGCCCGUUAGCACCCUGACCUCUCUCCACGGCGUGUCUCACACACACUCCGGCUCGCCGCAGGGCCUCAUCAUGGCCUCCUUACCCAGCGUCAUGAGUCUGGGAGACUCGUCUCUGCUCAUAGGUCUCACGUCCACUCAGCCACAGACAGUUCCUGUCAUCAACAACGUAGGGGGCGGGUUCACAACGCUCCAGCCAAUCACCUUCCAGCAGCAGCUCCACGCAUCCCCCCAGCAGCCAAUCACGCAGCAGCUGCCAAGUCACAUGACUCCGAGUCCGUUCAUGGCCACGAUGGCGCCGCUGCCCUGCCACAUGUACAGUAAGACAGAUCUGACGUCGUAUCCCUCCUCCAGCCUCCUGUCCCAGGCGAUGGUCAUCGCCGACAGCAGCAGCAUCGGAACCCUCGCUAAUCUCACCACCGUCCGACAGACGCUGAGCUCAGACCCUGAGGAACACACAAACACCCCGAUCCAGGAGGAGUCACUACACCUGCAGUCCAGCUCUCCAGCACCAGUGUCCUCCAGCAGUCUGGAGCUUUAUCCCCAAACCCAGUCCAGCGAGACCCACACCUCCCACCUGCUCACCUCAUCACCCGGAGACAUUGGCCCCUACAUCCCCGCACAGAUGGUCUCUACCGCUCAAUAGCAGCAGCAGCAGCAGCAGCGGACUCACUGGAACGUACCAUCAGCGCCUCGUAAAUGGGGGGAACUAUUUUUUUAUAUUUACGGCGAUUACAGAAGUAAAAACCUUACUGACGUGGCUGAGCGUUAACCGAAGCUGCCUUCGUGUGUCUCUGAGGAAUCUCUGUGGAUGAUGAUGAAGAUGAAGAUGGAAAGUGCUUUCACUGAUGAGAACACAAAAUAAUAAACAUACGUACGUGGAUCAGAACAAUCCUGAUUUUACACACGUCCUGAUUUUGUCGAGGCGUCGUCGGAGCAGUGUGGGCGGAGCUUAUGUUAAAAUUGAUCAGCCAAUCACAAACUGGAUCAUCAUCGCUAUCGUUUGUUUUCAUCUCACAAGCUGCUUAGCUUAAAAUAUCAGUUCUGAUUCCACAAUAUAUAACGUUAGUCUGACGUUAAGUAGCUAGCCAGCUAACACAUAAAUAGUGCGAUGAUGUCAUCGAGUUAGCGAGUGAUUGUGUAAAUCAGCAGCCCUUGACUUGAACCCUUUCAUAUCCAACG